AUGGCAACAACUGACAAGCACAGUGCAUAUAUCCAGCUACGCUUUAGACUCAUGGUACAAAGACUGGGGUCCAGAAUCCUCAGCGUUCAAAAGAGAGUAGGGCAUGAGUACAGGAGUAACAAGACACCUGUUCUGCCCGCCAUCAAACUCCUAGAUGGCCCCGGUCAUUGCCCAGCAUCAGCCCAGCACAGGUACAUCGAGCGGCUGAGCAAUGAGGUGUGGGAACUGCAGCAGCAACUGCACGCCACCCAGAGAGAGAAUCGCCUACUCCAGCGCUUACAGAGCAGACACACCACUGCCCUGCAGCACUUCCAGGACGUCCAGGCUGACCUGCCCCAACUGCUCUGCAAUCACAGCAAUGAGGUGAAAGCACUGCAGGAGCUUUCACGCAGAGAUAAAACUCAAAUCAACAAUCUCUCCCGCAAGCUGCAGAGCACCGAGAGCACGCUGCUGCACACCCGCGACACACUGCACCGGCUACAGCGUCUCGCCCAGGACCAGCACCUGGAGGAGCGAGAGACCCUGACCCACCGCCUCAGUGUACUCACAGUGGACUUGGACAAGAAGAACAAAAGGAUUCAGGAUCUGGAGACAAACCUAGCGCUGAGAACUGAAUCGUUUAAACGUCAAAUCAGUGCUGAAAUGAGAAAGGCGACGGAAGCCCGAGAUCUGUCCAGGCAUCUGGAGGAAAUGAUAAGCAAUCUCAUGCAAAAAAUCAAAGUGAUGGAGAAAGAAUUGGCGAACUAUGAUAUCUACUCGCAUAGAUUCCUGAAAGGGACCAAACACAAAUGUGUUCAAACCGAACCACCUGUCAUAGUAGUCGAACCUCCUCCCCUUCCAAUGCAGAUAGAGCAUCCACAGGAAGACAUGGAGAAGAACACUUGGGAGGUUGAUGCCAAUGAAGCAGCAAAGGAGAGCAGUGAGGAUGAACUGACACAUGAGGAAAACUUUAAUGAGACAACUCCUGAAACAACAGAGAACAAACUAUUUCUGACUGAACCUCUGAUGUCUAUAGCACUGGAACCUCCUCCUCUCCCACUGCAGAUAGAGUAUCCACAGGCAGACAUGGAGGAGAACACUUUGUUUUAUUUAAAGGAGCUUGAUGCCAAUGAACCAGGACCAGACUCUGAGGAUGAGCUGACGCAGAAGGAAAAUGAGGAAACCUCUAAUGAGACACCUCCUGAUAUUACAAAGACAAGUGGCACUGAUGGAAUCGAGCUGGAGUAUAACGCAGAGCAGGAAGAAAUAACAGCAGGCCUCACUCAGGAUUCAGCUUCUGACGAGCCCAGUUCAGAAGAUAUCAAUGAUCAGUUAGAUUCCCAGAAUUUAGUUAGCACUAACAAGGAUACUCAAUCUCCAGUCACAAUCAGACAGCAGUACACAUUUAGAGAGACUGUCCAGAACCUACAUAGCGGCAAACCUGCUUAUGGAACAAGUCAGAGAUCUGGACCAAGAUUCCACAGACGUAAAGCUACUAGUAAUGUUCUCGACACUGGUACAUAUGAGCCAACCGUUUUUGCGCCAAGCAAUACCAGAAAGAAUAAAUUGAAGAAUUAAUAGUUUGGUCAAUGAAAUUGAUCGAUUAGAUGCCUGAUAUUAAAAGGCAAUAAAAGCUCAGAUUCAAAGAAAACAAUCUUUUGUCAUUUUG